AUGGCAGAAUCCGAAGAAUAUAAGACUGUCAUCGGUAUUUCUUUUGGCAACCAAAACAGUUCUAUCUCUUUUAACAGAGAUGGUAAAACUGAUGUUUUAGCAAAUGAAGAAGGAAACCGUCAAAUUCCUUCUAUUUUGUCUUACCAAGGCGACCAAGAAUACCAUGGUGUUCAAGCUCGUGGCCAACUUGUUCGCAACGCCGAUAACUCCGUUACCAACUUCCGUGAUCUGAUUGGUAAAUCCUACCAAGAAGCUAACAACCAUCACUGUCAUUACUCAGCUUCACCUGUCAACGUUGAUGGACAAGUUGGUUUCAAGGUCACUGUUCAAGAAAAUGAGGAAUCUGAACCAAAGGAGAAGAUUGUUACUGCUCAAGAAGCCAGCACUCGCCAUUUGCAACGUCUUCGUGAGUCUGCCCAAGACUUCUUAGGUGUUAAGGUUGAUGGCUGUGUUAUGUCCGUUCCUGUUUACUUCACGGAUGAACAAAGAAAGGCUUUGGAAACCGCAGCUACUCAAGCUGGUCUCCCUAUUCUUCAAUUAAUUCACGAUCCCGCUGCUAUCCUUCUUGCUCUCAUGUAUUCUGAGACCGUUCUCAUUGAUAAGACCUUUGUCGUUGCUAACUUUGGUGCCAACCGCUCUGAAGUUUCCGUUGUUUCUAUCAAGGGUGGUUUGAUGACUAUCUUAUCCACUGCUCAUGAUGAAAACCUUGGUGGUGAGGAAUUGACCGAUGUAUUGGUCAAAUACUUUGCUAAGGAAUUUGAAAAGAAGAACGGAAUUAACCCCCUUCAAAAUGCCCGUUCCGUUGCUAAGCUCAGGGAACAAUGUGAAUUAACUAAGCGAGUUCUCAGCAAUAAUACCAAUGCUUCUGCUGCUGUUGAUUCCCUUGCCGAUGGCAUUGAUUUCCAUUCUACUCUUAACCGCCUUCGUUUCGAGAUCGCCGCUGCUGCUCCUUUGAACCGCAUGGCCCAACUUGUUGAGCAAGCUGUUAAAAAGGCUAACUUGGAGCCUUUUGAUAUUUCUGAAGUGGUCUUGGCUGGUGGUGCUUCUAACACUCCCAAAUUGACUUCUUUAAUGGAGGGAAUCUUCCCUGAACAGACUGUCAUCCCUCCUCAUCUCACUGCUCCUAUCGGUGUGAACGAAGGUGAAAAGUUUGUCACCGUCUUUGACGUUGAGACUGCUUUACCCGCCCGUAAAGUUGUUGAGGUUGUCGCUCCCAAGGAAGGUGGAGCUUAUAUCCCUAUCUUCGAGGCUGAACGUUCUGUUAAAGUUACCAAGGUUGAAGCCGAGCCUUUGGAUGAAGAGGAAGCUCUUUCCGAUGAAGAAGAGGAAGAGCCUGAAGAGAUUAAGGAGCGUAUUGCUGUUCCCAAAACUCUUCUCGCUACCAUCAAUAUUCCCGACGUAUCCCCUAAUUCGAAGAUUGUUUUGGUUCUUCAAUUAGACGUCGAUGGAAAGCUUACCGCCACUGCUCGCCCUAAGGACGGCAAGGGUUCUAGCGUUCGUGGAUCUGCAUAAAAUUCUGGUUUUGGUUGGUAAAAACGUCUAGUAAUUCUAUAAAAUAUGAUUCCUGAAUUCAGUAAUGUAUUGCUUUUACUUCACUACA